AAAUACCCGAGUGUCUGCGUUGGAGAGUCGGGCAUAGUGAUUGGUGCGUAUUAACUUGUAGGCUCGUAUUAUUAGCAAGGGACAGGACUAUACCAUCACCAGACAUCGCAGAUCACAAGCAGAAUGGCGGCUCCAAAGAAAGUGUGCAUUGUGGGGUCGGGCAACUGGGGCUCAGCGAUCGCAAAGAUUGUAGGCGUCAAUGCAGCGGCGCUGGACAAAUUCGACAAGACGGUCAGGAUGUGGGUCUUCGAGGAGAUGGUCAACGGCCGGAAACUGACCGAGAUCAUCAACACUGACCACGAGAACGUCAAGUACCUGCCCGGGCACAAACUGCCCCCCAAUGUGGUGGCAGUGCCCGACGUUGUAGAUGCAGCAAAGGACGCCGAUAUCCUGGUGUUCGUGAUCCCGCACCAGUUCAUCGGGAGGCUGUGUGACACCCUGAAGGACAGUGUUAAGAAGGACGCCAUCGGAAUCUCGCUCAUCAAGGGUGUGGACGAGGGUCCAGAGGGUCUCAAGUUGAUCUCUGCUAUUAUUCGUGAGAAGCUGGGCAUCGCUGUGAGCGUGCUGAUGGGGGCGAACAUCGCCAACGAGGUGGCGGAGGAGAAGUUCUGCGAGACCACCAUCGGCUGCAAGGUAAAGGAGCAUGGAGCGCUGCUGAAGGAGCUCAUGCAGACUCCCAACUUCCGCAUCACUGUGGUGCAGGAGGCUGACGUGGUGGAGAUCUGCGGGGCGCUCAAGAACGUGGUGGCAGUGGGCGCCGGGUUCUGUGACGGUCUGGGUUUCGGUGACAACACGAAGGCUGCUGUGAUCCGGCUGGGUCUGAUGGAGAUGAUCUCGUUCGCCCGGCUGUUCUGCACCGAGGGGCCCGUCUCCUCCGCCACCUUCCUGGAGAGCUGCGGGGUGGCCGACCUCAUUACCACCUGCUACGGGGGACGCAACCGCAAAGUGGCCGAAGCGUUCUCCAAAACAGGCAAGUCUAUUGAAGAGCUGGAGAAGGAGAUGCUGAACGGACAGAAGCUACAGGGACCGCAGACUUCAGCCGAGGUGCACCGGAUCCUCACACACAAGAACCUCGUGGACAAGUUCCCCCUCUUCAACGCAGUCUACCAGAUCUGUUACGAGGGACGCCCAGUCAAAGAGUUUAUCCAGUGCCUGCAGAACCAUCCCGAACACGUGUAGCCCUGGACCGGACCGGAACCAGAAAUCCUGGGGGGAGGGGGGAGGGG